AUUUUGACAAAAACAAAAAGACAUGAGCUACGAUAAAGUCCCACCGGAAUCGUAUCCUCCUCCAGGAUACCAAUCUCACUAUCCACCUCCGGGUUAUCCAUCAGCACCGCCGCCGCCGGGAUAUCCUUCUCCACCGUCGCAUCACGAAGGAUAUCCUCCACCUCAGCCUCACGGAGGAUAUCAACCGUAUCCACCACCGUCUUCACGUCCUUACGAAGGCGGUUACCAAGGUUACUUCGCCGGAGGAGGUUAUCCUCAUCAUCAUCACGGACCACCGCCUCCUCCUCCGCCGCAAAAUUACAAUCACUGUCAUCACGAUCAUCACCAUUACCAAGAUUCUGACUCUGGUUGCUUCUCUUUCGUCCGUGGCUGUCUCGCUGCUCUUUGCUGUUGCUGUUUGUUGGAGGAAUGCUGCUUCUGAGAAUGUCCGUCUCUGCGGAUCUUGUCAUUUACUGUCAGCAUUAUGUGUCUAAUCGAAGACAUAUGCCAUAACUCUCUAUGUCUUAUGUACUAUCUAUCGUGUUUCAAUGUCUGUUGAUGUUCACCUCUUUGUUUGAGAGUGCACUCAUCCAGAGCAUGGAUUUGACAAGUAGGUUUCUUGUGGAUGUUCUCUGUAAUUUUUAUGUAUUAUUUGGAAAACAUGUUUGUUAUUUUACCCAAAUUUUAGUUCUUUCAAAGGCUGAAUUAUGGUAUAAUAAAAUGCAACAUUUGUA